AUGGCACUAAAACGACCCUCAGCCCUACUCGCCUUACCAACUUCAUCGCGAACACUCACCUGCAACCAAUGCCGAGCUCUACACAAGACCACGAUCCGCAUCCCCAAACCAACCCCAUUCGUGCCCGAUGUCCCAACUUUUCUCACCCUCAUCGGCCGAAAUCUUUCCCAGCAUGCCAGCAAGAUCCCAAGCUGGGAAGCCCUCUUCUCCCUCACCAGCCAACAGCUCCGCGAAUCCGGUGUGGAACCGGCACGAGCACGGCGGUAUCUACUUUGGUGGCGAGAACGAUUCAGGGCAGGCAUCACGGGUAUUGGAGGGGAUGUGAAGGAGGUCAAAGAUGGUAUCGCGGAGCUCAGGCUCGUGGAGGUGCCUAGUCAGAGGAGGAUUGAUGCUCAAGCGACUUUGACGAAGAGUGCGGGAAUGAGGAAGAUGAUCAUCAACGUCACGCCAUCGGUCUCGUUACCAGCGGAUCCUGCGAAUCCUGUCAAGGAAGGCGAGAGUGAGGAUGGUGUGCCGCUGGUUGUCAUACCGAAGAUUAAUGUAAGCAAAGCACAACUUGUGACGGGGGUGAAGAUUGUGUCUGGAACGGCUAUUGGCGGCACGGGUGUGGAGAAUGUGAAGGGGCAUCAGGGCGUGGCGCGGCUGAAGGUCAAGGAGGGGUUGUGGGAGGAGCGGAGAGGACAUAAGGUGGACGGUGGUGAGAGGCGGAAGGCUGAAGUGCGGUAUAAGCGACGGGCACAGGAGAGGAAGAUGGCACGGUAG